CUGUGGGAGGGAGAGUAAUCGCCUUGUUGCUCCGCCCCUCUUCCGUCCCCCUCCCCCCUCCUCCACUAUCACUUCUCCACUACAUCUCUUGCUCCGCCCCUUCGGCCACGCCCCCUUCUCCCCCCUUCCUGCCUCGUUGGUCACAGACGCGAUCGUGGCAGGGAAGGCCGAAGGACAAGGAAGCUUUUAAAAGGGGCAGCACUGUUUAUCCAGGGAAUGUAAACAGUACCAGGCCAAUCACCAACAGGUGUUCAUGACGCGUGCUGCGGGAAGUGACUCAGAUCAACGUUCCUACUGCAAUAUUAAACCGACAACUUAUCAGUGACGAACUUAAGACAAAAAACUAAAAAGACUGAGAAACAGGGCCGAGCAACAGGUGAUUUUCAACGUUCACCCACAAAAAACAAAUUCUUGCAAAUUAUUCAAGGCCCUUCGCAAUGGGAUCCUUCAUCGGGCAUGUCGUCCCGGGCACCUUCUUCUUCUUCUUCGGGAUGUGGUUUACGUACCGGAUGUUCCAGCGGUAUUUCCUGUGCCAAGUGGCGGCGGCGGCGGCGGGGGGAGAGAAGUGCCGCAGCAGAUACCAGAACAUCUCGUCCUUCACGUGCCCGGGGUGCCCUGGUCUUCCCCUCGAGGGCGUCCUCAAGAUCAUCGCCGUCGUCGUCGGUAUGACUGGUGAAUUCGCCACGGCCUUCGACGAGGGCAAAUUCACACACAUCGGGAACGCGCAACACAUGACCAUGUUCUUCUUCUUCGGUCUGAACGGAGUGAUGGACGUCCUCACGCACUACCGCAUCCCCGUGCCGCCCGACAUGGACUACGUGUCCGCCGUGCUGGCCUUCAGCAUGGAGGCGCUGCUCUUCUACUACCAUCUGCAUGGCCGGAGUCACAUGGACGUGCAGGUCCAUAUGCUGCUGUUCUACGUCGUGUUGGCCUGCGCGGUGUCCACUGCCUUGGAGAUGUGCUACAAGAACAACGUUCUGCCCGCUCUCUGUCGGAGCUACUUCACGCUUCUGCAGGGCACUUGGUUCUACCAGAUCGGGUUCAUCCUGUACUCUCCGUGGGGCCAAACGUGGGACCAAGAGAACCACGGCCAGAUGAUGGUGGUGACGAUGCUCUUCACAUGGCACAACGCCACCAUCUUCGUCAUCAUGGCCCUGGCCGGCUCGCUCAUCUACCUGCGGGUGAAGGCGAAGGGGCCCGCUGCCAUGUACCACGGUCUCCACGGGCCUCUGCGCAUGCCCAAGAUGGAUGCCGAGCAGAUCAAGAAUAUGAUUGUCGACUCGGAAGAGGAAGAAGUCUAAGAUCCUCAAUAUAUAUUUUUUUUCCUGAUUGUAGAUAUAUGUUAUCAUUCAUUGUUCUUUUCAUUCCCAGGGACUGGUAUAAGGUGUGGGUGAGAUUAAGUGAAGAGGAUGACGAGAGCAUAAAUGGAACAGGGAAGCGUAUAUCAGAUUAAUUUUGCCUGGAUUUAAGAUAGAGAGAGAGAAGGGGGGGGGGGGGGUAGUCUCCUUAACUGAAGCGAAAAGUCCGCGUGUUCCUUCGAUUUUGCAUGACUGGAGGCCAUGCUAGAUUUAUUGAAAAACUAAAUUUACGAGACUUUUUUAAGAUAUAGUUAAAAAUAAGAAAAUCUGAAAGCACGGAAAGGAAUUAAACAUUCCAAUUUGAAGAAAAUAUUUGUGUAAUAUUUCUGUGUUCUUUAUAAUGAUGUAGUGAUUCUCUGAAGAGCUGGUGAAGAGUGUAGAAGGGAUGAUAGGGGAAACUAUAAGUAACAAUAUACAAGCCUGGAAGAUUAAAUGUAUCGAUAUUAAGAAAACCCGGGAAAUAAAAGAACAGCACUAGUUGUUUAGAGACAUGCCGAUGUCGGCUCGAACCUUAGAUUUAUAUUAUAAUAAUCUUUAUGUGUCAAAGAUGUUCUAAUGCACCUCUGGUUCCCCUCGCACGUGGCAUCCCCCUUGUACUCUAUAUAAUAAGGAAAAGUCUAGAGUGCAUAGGUUCUGAUUAAUAAGAAAACAAAAGUUAUUCGAAAUAUGUGUUGAUAAAGAAAUGAAAAGAGAGAGAGAGAAAGGGAGAGGGAGAGGUAGAAGGAGAAUGAGAAGGAGAAGGAGAAGAAAAAGGAAAAGAAAAG